GUAGUGUGAAGUUUGCUUUCAUUUGUUUGCUCUUCCUGUACAACACAAAGGUCAUAGUGGAUGGUGUUCAUAAAAUGGUUAAUAAAUAAUAUUUGAUUUAUAGGUUGGAUUUCUGAAGAUGGAAAAAGAAUCCUACCCACAGGAAUCGGCACCACCAUACCCUGGCCCUCCAAUGGAUUAUGGCCAGCCACCAAUGUACGCUCCACCAGGCUUCCCCACUCCACCAGGCUUCCCCACUCAACCUGCUGUUCCUGCUGGACACCAUGGAGGUAUGUGGUAUUGCUUUUGGAAAAAGGAUCCCACCCACAGGAAUCUGCACCACCAAACCCUGGCCUUCCAGUGGGCCAGGGUUUGGUGGUGCAUGUUUUAUGUUCCUGGACAAACUUUAUGUCCUCACUGCCAGCAAACGGUGAUGACCCGUACAAGGAGAACUGCAGGACUGUGCGCCUGGGCUCUCUGUGCAGGGUUGUGUUUGCUUGGGUGCUGGCUUUGCUGCAGUAUCCCGUUCUGCCUCGAUUCCUGUAAUGAUGUGAAGCAUCAUUGUCCAGUUUGCCAGCAUGUCCUCUACAUUUACAAACGGAUGUGA